AUGCCAAAAGCAAAAUUGCUGAAUACAGAGAAUAAGACUCCUACUCCGAAGAUUAACAAGUUACAGACUAAAGAAGAAAAGUCAAGAACUGGGUUUGAGAAAGUAGUAGACAAAGAAAGGAAAGACACAUAUAAAGAAAAU